UUUCAAUCAGACGACACCAGAGUUUUAGUCAGCGAGGUUAUGUGCUUUAGUUUUUGAGAUCAUGGCUGCUACUAGACGGUGGUUUCCGAAAAUUAGGAGGAGGAGACCCACCUUGAAGAAGAUAUACAACAGAUCUUCUGUAUAUGGGCCCAGCUCGGCCGCAUCCGAGGACUCCGUAAUGUCUUUGGGCUCAGACGAUGGCAACUUCGACAAUAUUAAUGUGGUCGUCAGAGUUCGUCCACUCACUCAGCAAGAGGAAGGCAGGAAGGACAUACAGGCUGUACAGUUUCCAGCAGAUGGACAAAUAGCGCUGGAUGAUCACUCAGCAGCGCCUAGAGUGUUUACGUUUCAUGUCGUUUUCGAACCUGAAGCCACGCAGGAAGAGGUUUUUGAUCACUGUGGUAUCAAACGGCUCAUAGAUAUGGCCUUAGACGGAUUUGCAUGCACAGUUCUUGCCUAUGGCCAAACAGGAGCUGGGAAAACAUACACAUUGACGGGUCCUCAGAGUGACGACUUACUGCGUCCAGGACAGCGCCCCUCCCCAGGUAUUGUCCACAUGGCCUUUGCCUACCUUUUCAAUCAAAUUAAACAAAGGAAAGACAUCGAAUACGUGGUGCAAGCUUCCUAUAUGGAAAUCUACAAAGAACAGGUUUUAGAUCUAUUAAAUCCUUCAACCAAGCCGUUGCCAGUUCGGUGGUCUAAAGAGAAAGGAUUCUACGCAGAAAAUCUCUUCGUUGUGGAAUGCGAAGACGCGGGGGAUUUAGAAGGAGUAUUAGAUGAAGGUCGAAAGAAUCGCCAAGUCCGAGCUCAUAAUAUGAACGAGCAUUCCUCUCGAAGCCACACCAUGCUCAUACUAACUUUGACCUCCGAAGUCCGGGAUUCUGAAGAUCCAACCCAUUAUAUAAGACGGUACGGUAAACUCUUCCUCGUCGAUUUAGCUGGCUCGGAAAAAACGAAGAAGACGAACAGUCGUGGAGAGACUCUCAAAGAAGCCAACAAUAUUAAUAAAUCCCUCCUCGUCCUGGGCAAUUGUAUUUCAGCACUCGCCGACCCGAGAAAGAGGAGCGGUCAUAUUCCAUACAGGGAUAGCACCCUCACCAAACUCUUGGCUGACAGUCUCGGGGGCAGUGGAUUGGCCCUAAUGGUAGCAUGCGUAUCUCCGAGUCGAGCUAACUUAGCGGAGACUUUGAACACUCUUCGUUAUGCUUCUCGGGCGAAAAGAAUAAAGACAAAGCCUAUGGUCCGAAUG